AUGGCAUCUUCAAUAAUCAGUUCAGUUCCUACCACUGCGUCUCGUUUUGCUUUACUACAAGUCAAAAGCGAUACUGAUUCGGAGCCUGGAAAAGGAAGAAGUGGCCGAGGUGCCAGCAAAUCUCAGGCUUUGGGGGCAAGGUCAUCUACAAAUGAGAAAAAAAGAAAAAAAAGGAGAAAAAAGAAGGAACAGCAGCAGAGUGAGGCCAAUGAGCUCAGAAACCUUGCUUUUAAAAAGAUUCCUCAGAAAUCCUCACGUGGAGGCUGUCUAUCUCAGCAUGAACAAAAACUGCACACUGCAAUGCAGAAGGACUCUCGGGAAGAAAAUUGGCAGGAGUGGAAACAAAGAGAUGAGCAG